CCGCUCUUGCUGGACUCGGCAGGGUUUCAUAUGAUGAGGCUUUUAUUAUGGCCAGUGACCCCUUGGAAGGCUUUCAUGAAGUGAACCUCGCUUCACCUACUACACCAGAUCUUCUUGGGGUAAAUGAGCCAGGGACUCAGGAGCAAACUACCUCACCCAGUGUUAUCUACCGACCACAUCCUUCUGUUGUGUCCUCCACACCAAUCCAACCCAAUGCAUUAAAUGUUUCUGACCUUCCCACACAACCUGUUUAUUCAUCUCCCAGACAACUGAAUUGUGGAGAAGCAUCAGGUGUCAGCAUCAAUGUUACCGACGCAGUACUUUGUUCUACCUCUGGACCCCAGGGUGGGUCAUUCAAUUACAAUAAUUCCAGAAAGGAGAGCAAUAACGCAGAGAGAGAGUUUUUGCAGGGUGCUACAGUAGCAGAUGUUGCUGAAGGAAAUGAAGAUAUUUUUGGGUUGAGUACAGACAGUUUAUCUCACUUACGGAGCCCAUCUGUACUGGAAGUAAGAGAAAAGGGCUAUGAAAGAUUGAAAGAAGAACUUGCAAAAGCUCAGAGGGAGCUGAAGUUAAAAGAUGAAGAAUGUGAAAGGCUUUCUAAAGUGCGAGAUCAACUUGGACAGGAAUUGGAAGAACUUACAGCUAGUCUGUUUGAGGAAGCACACAAAAUGGUUAAAGAAGCUAAUGUCAAACAAGCUGCAGCAGAAAAACAGUUAAAAGAAGCACAGGGAAAGAUUGAUGUCCUCCAGGCUGAAGUAGCAGCAUUGAAAACACUAGUACUGUCUACUUCACCAACAUCUCCAACUAAAGAGUUUCAGUCUACUGGAAAAACUCCUUUUAAGAAAGGCCAUGCAAGAAACAAGAGUACAAGCAGUGCUAUGGGUGGCAGUCAUCAGGACCUUACCAUGAUGCAGCCAAUUAUAAAAGACUGUAAAGAGGCUGACCUAUCUUUGUACAAUGAAUUCAGAUCUUGGAAGGAUGAGCCUACUAUGGACAGAACAUGUCCUUUCCUGGACAAAAUUUAUCGGGAAGAUAUUUUUCCAUGUUUAACCUUCUCAAAAAGUGAGUUGGCCUCAGCUGUUCUGGAAGCUGUUGAAAACAACACUCUGAGCAUUGAACCUGUUGGCUUGCAACCUGUUCGAUUUGUGAAAGCUUCUGCAGUUGAAUGUGGGGGACCAAAGAAAUGUGCUCUCAGUGGACAAAGUAAGUCAUGCAAGCAUAGAAUCAAAUUAGGAGAUUCAAGCAGUUACUACUACAUUUCUCCUUUCUGUCGUUACAGGAUCACUUCUGUGUGUAACUUCUUUACAUAUAUUCGAUACAUCCAGCAAGGACUGUUGAAGCAGCAAGAUGUGGAUCAGAUGUUCUGGGAAGUUAUGCAGCUGAGAAGAGAGAUGUCACUAGCAAAACUUGGCUAUUACAAGGAAGAGCUCUAAAUCUUUUUACUCUUGCGCAUGCAUGAACUUCGUUGAAUAUACAUAACUAAAAUUGCUGAAUUUUUUUUGGUUAUUUGAUAUUUAUUUCCACAACAUGGGUCCAAGAUCUUUCUCCUUUUGCAGAUUGCACUAAGAAUUACUGUGAUUGUUUUAAACUGA